CCCGCGGAAACACUAUAUAUUUAAAUAUCGCCCAUCUCUAGCCGGCAUACACACUACCACCACUAGCUGAAGAAAUAGGUAAAAAAUGUGCUCGAAUUACCAAGAUUUAUAUAAAAAGGGGCUGGAUCGCGGCGAACAGCAGAAGCGGCGACAAGAAGAGCUGUUGAAGGAACAAAAGCGGAGACGACAACAGGGCCAAGACGAAGCCCGGCCCGUAAAAAAGACUGAAAAAGCCCCGCCAAAACAUCAUCGCAAGCAGCGUGCCAACGACAAGGCAUCGCCGUUCAGACUACAGCUAUCCGAGUGGCUGCGGCACAAACCGGAUAAUCUCGGGGAGUGGUUGCUGGUGCCGUGCCCGGUCGGCAGGAGAUGCAUGGUCAUAGCCACCAAUGGCAAGACCAAAGUGUACAACAAGGCAGGAAGGGAGUUCAUGAAGCUGCGCACGCUGCUGCCCGGUGAUGGUCAUGUGCAGAAGUGCAGAACGGUCCUGGACUGUGUGUACGACGAAGAAACGCAAACCUUCCACGUGCUGGAUGCCCUAUCCUUUGGACAGCAAUCGCUGCAGGACUGCGAGGCAUCCUUUCGGUUCUAUUGGCUGCGAGCGCGUUUCGAGGAGGAAGAUUAUGCACAGAAGGGCGAUCGCAACAAUAAAUCCUUUGUGUUGCUGAAUCACUAUGACUUCGAAGACGCUUCUGCGAUAGAGGAGAUCCUCCAAAAGUACCCCAUCUGGCAUGAGAAUCAACCCAAACUGGAUGGAUUCCUGUUUUACCACAAGGAGGCCAGCUACGUGUGUGGCACGACGCCACUGGUUUGCUGGCUGUUCUCCUACAUGAUGCCGGAUGUGGUGGACUUACCAGUAAACGGCAACUAUGUGGCCCCCGAGGAAUACCAGCCCAGGCUUGUGCUUCAGUACAUGGAAGAGUUCGACGAAAAGUUGAAGCAGCUAAGAAAGCAGCGGCCCAAAGAGACUGCGAAGAAAUCAAAGAAAAAGAAGGAGGAGGAACCCCAGACCUCCAUGGAGACAAACAAGGAGGAGGACGGUGACAGCGACGAAUAUGCCGGCCUCAAGUCGCUCCUCGACCACCAGCGCCGGCUGGAACUGGGAGAGCUGGAUAUGGACUGUGAAGAGACGCCGUCAGCUGUUGACUGUUGAGCGGGCGAUGGUGUGGGCUUUGGUGGUGGCUUUCCUGCGACUGCGCACUAGCUACGCGGCCCUGGGACUCAGCCUAGCUCCCGCCCAGGGAAAAAAUGUAGUCAAAGCCAAAGAUUUAGGUUCGCUCCUUGAACUGUCAGCAU